AAUAUAUUAUAAAAGUGGAACAAUCUAAAUGAUCUGGCAUCAUUCUUAUAUUAUUCUUCUUUUCCGCUAAAUACGUUCGCCAUGGGUCGUGUAAGAACUAAGACAGUGAAAAAGGCCGCUAAGGUAAUUAUUGAAAAAUAUUACACGAGGCUUACAUUGGAUUUCCACACCAAUAAAAGAAUUUGUGAGGAAGUCGCAAUAAUACCAACAAAGCCGCUGCGAAAUAAAAUUGCUGGCUAUGUUACCCAUUUGAUGGGACGUCUACGCCAUUCCCAGGUUCGUGGCAUAUCUAUAAAACUUCAAGAAGAAGAACGUGAACGUCGCGAUAAUUAUGUGCCCGCUGUUUCCGCCUUAGAGCAGGACAUUAUUGAAGUUGAUCCAGAGACUAAGGAAAUGUUAAAACUUCUCGAUUUCCAUAAUAUACGUGGCUUACAAUUAACCACUCCAUCAACCAAUAAUUUCAAUCGCAGAAACUGAAAUUUUUUUAAAUUUUAUAUGCAUUAUUAGAGUAAU